AUGAACCGGGAGACCCUCGAGCUCGAACAGGCCAUCGGCUUCCCUACGUGGAACUGGGUGCUGGACCGCAUCGAACCGGGCCGCGGCGUGGGCGACGCCCAGGACCAGGCCGUCGAAGGCUUCAACGUCCUCUCGGGGAAACUCACCAACAUCCGGUUCCGGCUGAGGACGUUUCAACAACAGAUCAAGUUCAUUUCGAGGUGCAACGCUGGUUACCGCUUGAGUCUGGACCCCGAGUCACCCAAUUUCGAGGCGCUGUUGCGAGAGUGUGACGAGUUGCAACUGUACAUGGACGUCAUGUGGGAUUAUACUUUUGUUCAUCUCUUUGACGCCGACUCCCUGGGUGAACGUCUCCAAAACGCCAUGAACUCGGUUUUUCAACUCACGACUCAACGAGAUUCCCGAGCCAGCCUGGCCAUCGCCGACAUCAACAACGAACUGGCCUGGCAAGGACGCAACAACAACACGGCAAUGAUGACCAUUGCUUUUAUAUCAUUGUUGUUUUUGCCUGGCACAUUUGUCGCCUCCUUUUUUCAAACCCCCAUUUUCAAUUUUCCGUCAUCAUCGACCGAAAAUGAAGGAGGAGGAGGAGGAGGAGGAGGCGUGAUUGUCACCCGCCCAUUUUGGAUCUACUGGACCGUGAGUGGGGCCUUGACUUUGGGGUUGGGGAUGGGAUGGAUGAAGUACCUCCGUCGUCGGCGUGAGAUGGACAGGCGAGAUCGUGAGUUUGAAAGGACAAGAUUCCGAGAGAGGAUCAGGAGACGCGGUGGUGGUGGCGGUGGUGGUCUUGCCUCCUCGUUUAUCCUUGAGAGGAGUAGUAGUACGGGACGCGGUGUGAAGGUGGUAGGGAUUGAGAGUGUGAACGGUGGUCCUGGUUCGAGCUUGAGGAAGCAUGGACACUCGGGGAUGGCAAUGAUGCAAGAAUGUGGAUUGUUUUCUUCGGUGAGGAGAAACCACCGUACUACGAGUAUCGACAACAAGGUCAGACGAAAAAGAGGGACAGUAGGUGGUGGUGGUGGUAUGACGAUGGAGUGGAGCGGAGACGAACAAAACUCAACCAUCACGAACGACCACAAUGCCCGAUUUCCCACGCGCACCAACACGGAACUUGGUAUUGGUCUCACGGCCACGACUUGUGCGGGAGAGUAUGGCCCCGACGAUGGAGUCAAGAUGUACGACACCACCCAUUCGACAAGAACGUGGUGAGAAGUGAGGAAGAAACGGAGGUAAUGCAAUACAGACCGGACUACCUGACCCGAGGUACGGUGUUGCAAGUGUCGGCCAAGGUACAAGUACAAUAUGUGAGAAAAUGUAAUGAUACAGCGACGUAAGAAUCCUCCUGGCAACGGUCACGAAUGAUGAAUUUGCAAGUAUGGAAGCACAGUGAAGUCAGUGGCUAUUGACAGCGAACUUGUUUCUACUUUAUCAAGCACAAGGUACUCUUGGAGGUUACAUUGUUAUUGCGAGCAUAGUUAACUUCUCGAUCAA